GAUGUCCUACUGAACUGUUGAAUCAGCGCUGUGCUGACUUCUCUUUUCCAGUCAAAGGGGAAUUUCAUGUACUUCACGAUUCAUUGGGAACAUAAAAAAACAAUGCAGACUAAUCGCAGGAUUGUGAAGACAUCAAACUGUUCAAAGUACUGGCCGGGAACACACUCAAAGUGAAGUGAGUGAUACUUUUCUCAAGCUUUCCGUUUAUCAGGAAUGCCCAACAAAAUGUGAUUGCACCCAACAAACAACCUGAAGGAAUGUUACUGAAUAUUUGAGAAGACCUCCAUUGUCGAGGCUAAGAUGUUGAAGACAGAGGCCUCGGCAGAGAGGAAUACCCUGAGGAGCGCCUCCCCACACCGGAAUGCCUACAGGGCGGAGUUCCAGGCUUUAAAGAAGGCGUUUGACCAACCGAGACAUGAUGGAGACCCCAAACUCAAGGACACGGAGGGGGUCAGGCAGCCUCGAGGGCGGCAAUACGGGGCCCAUGUUAGUCGCAUCAAGAACAUGUUUAUGCAGAUGGGGACUGAAAACACUGGGUCCAACAGACGAUCGAGGGAUGAGACCUCCCCGCAGAAACUCAACAAGCCAACAAACUUUGUCAACAGGGUGGAUGGGUCAGUGGUCAUAUUCCAGCAUGGCACUGGAGAGCGGACUUCCGGUGGCCAGCAUAACUCAAAGUUUUCCGAAACAAGGAAACUCUUUGAGCAGAGCUCCAGAGAUGCUUCACAGUCGCCCGUGUACUCUUACGGCCGGGAAAAGAGGGGUUCUCACGAGCAUUUGGAUGACUGGCGGGGGGCGCGUUCAAACAGAGGCAGUACGGACUCUUUGGAUAGUCUUUGCUCCAGGACAGAGGCCUCAUCUCCCACUGUGAGUCAGCUGAGUGCUGUGUUCGAAAAUAUAGACCAACAGGGCUCCAGUGCUACUAUCCGAAAAGGCCAUGGAGGUGGAAGAGGACUGUACUCCCCAGAUGGCUUACAGAGACAUGGGGAGGCCAGCGAGGAUGACACCAGUGCACGACAGUCUCCGUCACAUGGUUUUUACAGGAAGCGAGUGGGUAGCAAGCACAAUCUGCCGGUUUCAUCAUCUUCAGAAGAUCUUCUCAGUCCUAGUCCUCUGUCGGAGGCCAUGGACCAGGUGAAAACUGAUGAGAAGAAGCCCCAGGAAAAUUCAGAGGUGGUUCAUGGAUCCAGUGAACCCAAACCAAAAGAUGAGGUAAACUCAAACAAUGCUGUAGAUGGUUCUUCAGCUGCGUCUCAAGUCAAUGACGCUGCAGGAAAUUCACAUGAGUCUGCAGCUACCAAGGUCAAUGAGGACACAGACGGUCAUGUUAAAGAGGAGUAUAGCCGUAUUACCAAAGAUCAAAUUGAAGAACCCAAUGAGGAAUAUUGUAGCAGUGAGAGAGUUAUUUUCAAUGCUGAAGGAGAUGCUUGCUACCAGGCCUGGGGGGAGAGCUGCACCGAGGAUGACCUAUAUGAUGAGGAUCUUUCCUAUGACCCAGGAUCAGAGAUUACAGAGAUUCCUGGUCUCCCAGAGGAGGACAAGGAGGAAAUUCCACAAAAACGGAAAAUUCAAUUCAGCUGUGCUCCCAUGAAAGUGUUCAAAACCUACUCCAAUGAAGAUUAUGACAGGAGGAAUGAAGAGGUGGACCCGGUGGCAUCCUCGGCUGAGUAUGAGCUGGAGAAACGGGUAGAGAAGCUGGAACUUCUCCCUGUAGAACUAGAAAAAGAUGAGGACGGCCUGGGGAUCAGUAUUAUAGGAAUGGGGGUUGGCGCUGAUGCAGGUCUGGAGAAGCUGGGCAUCUUCGUCAAGACUGUCAUAGAUGGGGGAGCAGCAGAGAGAGAUGGAAGAAUUAAAGUGAAUGAUCAAAUCGUGGAGGUUGACGGCACCAGUCUGGUGGGGGUAACUCAGAGCUUCGCUGCUUCUGUUCUGAGAAACACACAGGGAGUGGUCAGGUUUCUGAUUGGCCGAGAGCGUCCGGGACAGCAGAGCGAGGUGGCUCAACUCAUCAGUCAGACUCUGGAGCAGGAGAGACGUCAGAGAGAGAUGAUGGAGCAACAGUAUGCCCAAUAUGAUGCUGAUGAUGACGAGACAGGGGAGUAUGCCACAGAUGAGGAAGACGAGGCAGGGCAGACAGGAACAGACCGAGAUGUGCCCAUUGAGGUUUUCAAUUUACCUGAAAACGAGGACAUCAUCUCGCCAUCAGAACUGGAUGCCACCAAACUUUAUCAGAAGUUUCGAGAGCUGCAGAUUAAACACACUGUCACUGAAGCUGAGAUCCAGAAACUCAAGAACAAGCUUGCCACUGUGGAAAAAGAGAAGGCACGGUGGGAGAGAGAGAAAACACAGCUGAAGCAAAGCAUCGAGGAAAACAAGGAGAGGAUGCUAAAACUGGAGAGCUAUUGGAUUGAGGCUCAGACUCUGUGCCAUACGGUCAAUGAGCAUCUGAAGGAGGCCCAAAGUCAGUAUCAGGCCCUGGAAAAGAAGUACAACAAGGCCAAGAAGCUCAUUAAGGACUUCCAGCAGAGAGAGAUGGAGUUUGCUCAGAGGGAGGAUGCGGAGAAGAAGAGGCUGGAGGAGGCAGAAAAGUCUAAUUUGGCUGAAAUCCAGAGUCUUCAAGUUAGGAUUGCUACACUAGAGUCAGAGCUAUUGCAGCUGAUGAAGCAAAAUGGCAUCCAGAUAAACAAUAACAACAACAGCGCUGAGAGCCGAGCCCAGCUGACGGAGAGACUGACGGCCUUACAGUGUCCAAGGAGAAGUGUUGCUGGAGGGGAACUGGGCGAGCUGACGGAAACCAGUGGAACUCACCCUGAGAGAAACGAGAGGGGCUUUGGGCUUCAAUCCUCCAGGGCGGCCGGUGCCACAGAGGCCAGGCUCAGGCAGGGACCUGAUAAUGAGGGCUCUUCAGCAAGUCAAGAUGAGAAAUCUGGCAAAAAACUACUAGACGUGGGCUCCACAGGGCCUUCAGCAGAAAAUAGUCCUGAAAGAUGCAAGAGCAAGGGUCCUGGUGUCACUGAUGACCUCAGCCUCAGCAGCACCAGCUCCACAGAGAUCAGUGGCAUCCUGACAGAUGCCAAGAUGUCUGGCCGAUCACAGACACUAAUGCUCUCCUCAGAUGAGAGUGUGGAUAUGAUUGAAGAUGAGAUUCUAGACGAUGGUCCUCCUCCGAAGCUGUACCAGUGGCAGAACCGCAGUGUGACUGAAUGGACAUGUCAACAGGUAUCAUGCUGGCUCAUGGGUCUGAACCUGGAACAGUAUGUCUCUCUUUUUACUGCCAAGAAUGUGGAUGGAGAGCAGCUAAUGAACCUGGACAGCUCAGCCCUCAAGACUCUGGGUGUAGAGUCCUCUCAGGAUCGGGCUCUGAUAAAGAAAAAGCUGAAGGAUCUGAAAGUAUUGAUGGAAAAAGCUAGGAGAAACAGAGAGAAAAUUGAGAGACAGCGCAAGAAAGAACUGGAGCAGGUUCAGAAACCGGUCCGGAAAAACAGCAACUCCUCCGGACCAGGAGAGGGCGCAACUGAAUGACACUACUCACCUCACUACUGUCUCACCAUUAUGAGUACAGACCAGUUCAGCAUUUCACGGACUGAAAGUUCAUUGAAAAAGGGGCUUAUUGCUAUUGAGCUGCCAUUGGAUGAAUUGAAACCAAAAUUUCCAGAUACGGAUUGUGUU